AUGAACUUAGGUUAUAAGGCACUCAUGAAAGAUAAGGAAAUCCAGGGAAGGAAAGAUCAGGAGGAUGCUAGUACAAGUAUACAUAGUACAUCAAAGCAAAUGUGGUCUUGCCUAUGGAAACUAAACAUAAAGCAUAAGCUGAAGACCUUCAUGUGGAAAUGCAUCAACAAUGCUCUUCCAGUCAAUGAAGCCAAGCAGGUAUGGCACAUAGCACCUAUACAGUGGGAGAGUGCUAUGGAAAAACAAGGAUGCUUCAAGGCCUGGUGGAAUGAAAGUGUAGUCACCAGAUCUAGGCAGGAUGGUGCAGAACAUCUUGGUCUAACAGUUAACAUUUUAUGGCAAGUAUGGAAAAGUAGAAAUGAGUUGGAAUUCAACAACAAACAAAGGCAUGCAAUGACAACCAUACUGAAAGCUCAAGAGGAAUGGAUAGAGUUCUGCGAAGCAUACAAAGACAAAGAACAGAUGAUCACAGAAGAAACAACUGCUAACCAAACUCAAAGGAUAGAAGUGGAGAAUGCCGAGGUGAUUAAAGUGAAGAUUGCUACACUCAGAAGAUCGAACAGUAAGGAGAUUGGCAUAGGAGUGACUGCUAUGACUGAAGGAGAUGUGGUUGUUGCGGCUUGGGCAAUACAUGAAAGAAGCUACAAUUGUCCACAAUUGGACGAAGCUGAGGCUAUUAAGAUAGCUAUGAGUAAAUUAGCAAUCAAUGGUUGGAGGAAAAUCAUCAUACAGAGCUGCAACAAGCAACUACUUCAGCAAAUCCAUUCUGGAAGUGCAUCAAAUAUCAAGCUGCAUACUCUAGUUGAGGACAUUCUUAGCUUGAAAACUUUAUUUCACAUGUGCUCUUUUUGUGUUAUAUCUAAAAGUGUUAAUCAUAUUAGUAUUAGAGUUAGUGAUUAUGCGUUAGAUAUUCUACAUGAUGAGGAAUGGAUCAAUCCUCUGUGCUGUUGA